AUGCACUACUACCAACUGAUAACCUUUCUUCUAGAAACACUACGUAUGACAUCUACACCUGCAGUAGCUGAUGGAAGUGUUCAGAAGGUACUGAGCAACACCAAGAUCAGAAUGGAAACCUUGAUACGGCUAUACUAUUUACGACAUGGAUUCGAGUCCUAUGACAUAAUGGUUAUAAGCAUGCAUUUUAUAGGGUUCAUGCAAGCAAAAGCCUUGGAUGUUACUGAGGCGGCAGGUCUUGAAAGCAGACGAUCGACUGUUGUCCUCGUGGCAAGAGGUCUCCAAGAUCAAAGCAAGAAUUGCUAUUUGGCAAGACUGGUGCUUCGUAUCCUGAAGAGCAGCGUGGGACGUGAGAACCAAUUUUUACUGAGAGAAGUGGAUGAUGAGGAAGAAGAUGCCGAGGCGGAGAGGGUAAUGAAAGAGCAAGUGAAGUCAUCUUGGCCUAUUGAUCUCGAGUGGAUUGAUGUUGAUCACGAGAAGAAGAGAUUGGAUAAUCUGAUUAAGUGGACAAAGGAAUUAGAACUUUAA